UUUUUACCUUUUUCUUCGCUGAAACAGUCUCACCGACUCUCACAGGCUCACAGCCUCGCCUGGUUGAUACUUGUUAGCUUCACAGUGUGAAGCCUCUUAGAGUGUUGUAGGAGCACCCAAAGGCAGACUUUUUUCUUUCCGUCAAAGCCCGCUCCAAAUCCAAUCUUUCCUCCUCUGUUUUCUCCGCAAUCAAGCGAGGGCAAACGUGCAGUGUCCUGAUUCCUCCAGUUCCACGAGUAGCUUCCUUGCAUGCAUUUGUUGUGCUGGUGCCGUCAGCAACUUUUACAGAAAUUCCCUCCUGUAAGGGCAUUUUUUGUUAACUAAACCAACUAAACCACCCUAGAUUCCCCCCAGCCCAGUCUUUAUCAUUGCUCAAAGCGAGACUGUGUUUCAUUAUAUGACUCCCUUGUUCCAUCUUCAGGAGCUUGUUCAUCUCCAAAUUCUCUUUUCACAAUUAACAACCCUCUGAGACCCAAUACUAAUGUCAAGAACAUCCUAAUUAGGUAAGCUAUCAAACAUAGGUCGUGCAGAGGUGUUGCAGCUACCUUGGGCAGGGAGGUUGUAACUAAGUUUGAUACCGCAUGGAAGAUCAUAAGCGCGUAAGUUCAACUGAGGGAAAAAGGCGCCAUGAGUUAACUCCACUAAGGGCGUGUAGGGGUUUAAUAUGUUUAUUGGUGCUACUUUCAACUGCGUUCAUAAUGUUAGUGUAUUUUGGCUUUUUGAGUGCUGUUAUGUUGCGAAUUUUCAGCAUUCAUUACAGCAGAAAGGCAACAUCCUUUUUCUUUAGUGCCUGGCUGGCUUUGUGGCCUUUUCUCUUUGAAAAGAUAAACAAGACUAAAGUUGUUUUUUCUGGGGAAACUGUUCCUGCAAGGGAACGUGUUUUGCUUAUUGCAAACCAUAGAACCGAAGUUGAUUGGAUGUAUUUGUGGGAUCUUGCAUUGCGGAAGGGAAGCCUGGGAUGCAUAAAGUAUAUUCUUAAAAGCACUUUGAUGAAACUACCAGUGUUUGGUUGGGGAUUUCACAUAUUGGAGUUCAUCCCAGUGCAGAGGAAGUGGGAGGUUGACGAAUCUACCAUGCGCCAGAUGCUUUCCACAUUUAAAGAUCCUCAAGAUCCCCUCUGGCUUGCUCUUUUCCCAGAAGGCACAGAUUUCACUGAGCAGAAAUGCAUUCGAAAUAAAAAAUAUGCUGCUGAGAAUGGCUUGCCCAUCCUAAAAAAUGUGUUGCUUCCAAAAACAAAGGGCUUCUGUGCCUGCUUGGAAGAGUUAAGGGACUGUUUGGAUGCAGUUUAUGAUGUAACCAUUGGCUACAAGCAUCGCUGUCCAUCUUUCUUGGACAAUGUCUUCGGGGUAGACCCUUCCGAGGUUCAUAUUCAUGUUCAACGCAUCCCUCUCGACAAUAUCCCAACAUCGGAAGACAAGAUUUCUAGUUGGUUGAUGGAUACAUUUCGUCUCAAAGAUGAGUUACUGUCUAACUUUUAUAUUCAAGGCCAUUUUCCGCAAGAAGGAACGGAAAUGGAGCUCUCCACAGAGAAGUGGCUUGUCAAUAUUGUCCCGGUUAUUGCAUUGAUCAGCAUUUGUAUUUACUUGACCUUUUUCUCAUCCGUCUGGUUCAAAAUAUACGUGUCUUUGGUCUGUGCUUAUCUGGCAUCUGCAACCUACUUUAAUAUUCGACCGGUGCCAAUUUUUUGCCUCGUCAAAGCUUUUCUCUAGUAUGUAUUGAGCAGGAAUAUGAGUUCUGUUGUUGUAAUUUUAUGGUAGGGCCAAGGUUCAUAGGUUUAAGGUUUUUCCUCAAGUAAAGUUGGGGGACAGUCUCUGCCUCUCUGGUACAGAUGAUUCUGUAUUGAGGGUUCCAACAUUAAUGUUCUCCUUAAAUGGCGUUGUAUGAAUUAUCUUUUGAUCAUUGAUCUUGUUUACCUCUUCCAAUAAUGCAUUUUCCUUUUAACUU